AUGUCAAAUGAUAAAGGGUCAUUGGAUUAUCUUCCAAUCUAUUCAUUUCUCUUUAUGAAUGAAAAAGGCUCUAGCUUAUAUAACGCUUAUGACCAAACCGUGAUUGACAUAGAUGCUUCACAAGAAGAUAUAGAAACAACUGAUAUUAAGAUACAAGAAGUAUUCUUUCGAAUCUGCCUAUCUUUUAUAAGAGUCUUGUAUCAAAUUCUUGAUUGUAGCUGGGAGAAAAUUCUCAAUGGUUUAGUAAUCGCUAUAUCAUCAGAUCCUAACAAAAUUCAACCACCUACUAGUUUGGGACUUGAAGUAAGACCUCAGAUGCUUAGAUUUGAAAAAAAUAAUAAUCCACUAAGAAUAAUCGAAUUAGACUAUCAAAGAAAAGGACUCAGAAAACUUCAUAUAUUUCAACUGGAAAGAAAAAUUAGACAAGAAAAUAAAAAUUCUUCACAAUCAUCUCACAAGGUUAAGUAUAAUAAACCCCUUACAGCAACAAAAACAUAUGAGAAGAGGUAUAUAAAAUCAUUAUCUAAUGAAGGUGAUAUUUAUGUUGGAUCACUUUGGAAAAUAGGAAAAAUAUAUGUUCUUGAAAAUUUGGCUAUUUCUGAUAAUGUAAAUUUGCUUGUAUUAUCUACGCGUCACUCUUACUUGAAUACUAUUACUACAAGACUUAAUCUUAAAUCAUAUUGCGAUAUUAAUGGUAAUAUAAAUCUACUUGAUCAUAAGAGAGUAAUAUGUCAGAUAGAGAAUCUACAUCGCACUCAGGCACAAAGUCAUUUAGUAGGGCAAUCAAUAGAGAAACUGUAUAAACUAAUUCAAGAAGUGAGAUGCAUUAUUAUUAUGGAUAAUAAUUUUACUGAUCUUAAUAUCAAAUGGAUUAAGACCUUUCGUAAGGAUAAAUUAUUCUCUAUUAUCCACUAUACUUAUCAACCUCAAAAAGGUAAAAUAUUCUACUUGACUCUUAAUAAAGAGAUAGUAUUAACUGAACUUUGGGAUUGGGCUAAGCAGAUGUCUUCAUUACCUUUUGAGAAUCGUAAAAAUGCAUCACUUAUUUGCCAUCUUAGAAAAGAUCUACAAGGAAUUGUUUAUGCUCUCAAGACUGAAUUUCCAGAACUAAGGAUCAAGGAAUAUCACAGUAAAUCUAAUCUAAUAGAAAAAGUUCAAGAUUUCAGCAACGUAGAAGAAUCAUGGAAAGGCAUUGACCUAGUUGCUUAUACCACAGGUAUAGUAGUUUCUAUUAUAGAAUUCAUUCCAAAACUUGAAGAUACUACGAUAUUGCUAUCCCAAACAGUGAAGGUGAGUUCUUCUAUUGUUAAAGCAGAGAAGAUAUCAGAUAUAUCUAAUGCUUUUAUUGUUAACUAUGAGACUGCUGAAUUAUUGGAGAAUAAACUAAAGAAAACUUUAGAAUAG